CAUCUUGCUACUCAAAUAUGUUUCCAUAUGAGCAAUAUAGCAUUCUAUCGACAAUAUACUCAGCCUCCAUAUAAUUUCGACUCAAACCCAAAUGGCUUCUCAGUUACCAACGGCCAGGCCUGACUUUGCCCUGAAAGAAGUGGACCCAGAUAUUAUUUGCAUCGACAACCACAGGUUUCGUAUCAACUAUGACGUUCCGCAAGAAGUCACCGACCGUCUCUAUCAUCUAGCGGAACAGGAAGACCUCAGAUAUGAGGAUAUCCCACAUGAGUUGAAGGAAUAUGAAUCGCGCGAUCCGCCAACGGAGGAAGAGAUGGGAGCAUCCAUCGGCACUUUUAUUGAUAUUGCUGGUCGCGAAUUUUUCAUGGGUCCAGACACGCCACAGCACAUUUUAAGCCUUGUGGACGAAGUGCUGCAGAGAAGUGAGGAGAUUGCGUAUGAAGAUAUCCCUAACGAAUUGAAGGAGUAUGAGGUGACGAGUGCGACUUUGAAGAACGGGAGUACAAGGGCAAAUUAAUACCUAUAUCAUAUAUGAGCUAGGAGUCUCGACAGCCGCUGUUGAGUUUUGGCGAUUGAGUAGAUCACCAAUACGAGAAAGUUGUCUUCGCGAGCAUGUGGUCCACGGAGUGUUAGUAGACGAUACCGGGUACCUAAAGCCGAACGAACGCAGAAUGUAU